UCAUCUCUGCUGUUUACUCUUCCAGCAUACUACAAGACUGGAGCUUUCUUUGGUAAUGAUGCCGUACGCACGUAUGACUACAAGACCUGGGGCAUAGAGGAGUGAGUAGCUGCCAUCAUGGGGUCUUUAGAGGUAGAAGGGGACAGUGGGCGGCCUCAACACGAACAGCACGUGGACCUCUUGGACAAGUUCGGCCAGUGCAAGCGGCAGCUGGAGCAGCUCUUGGACACCAAUGACUUGGCGCAGCUGGAUGGAAAGCUGCAGGAAUUGCAGGCAAUACUUACGGAAGUGGCAAGUCACUUGCCUGCGGCCAGUUUGCGCUAUGUCCAGGAGCAGUUUGCCACACUGAAAUUGCAAGUAGACGAGAUCCGGGAGCAGCUCAAGCCACGCAAGCGCUUUGCCUUCAAGUCAGCAAGGGGCUCACCCACUGGCAGGUGGGAUACGAUACCUCAACGUUUGGCUGCACGGGUUGCCCUGAUCCCUACGUUUGGAGAGCCGGAUCGGAUCCCUGCAGGCCCGAGGAGCGAGGACGCUCACGACACCGCUCGACGGCAGCCACGAGUUCGACCGGAGUCAGCUACUUUGGUUGGUGAUGCCAGACUGGAGGGGAAAUGUGAGGCUGGGCCAAGCUUCCCUGCUGGUACUUUGAAGAAUGCUUGCACCGUGGGCUUCCAAGGCCGAUCAGGAGAGACGUUGAUGCUGUCAGAGGUCGGCGGCAAAGACACAGAGCUCGACUCUCUCGACGACUGCCAAGUGACCAUUCAAGGCUGUCCAGCCACACUGUUUGCUCGCAGGCUUAGGAACUGCCACAUCCGGUGUGGACCAGUGGCCAGCUCGGUUUUUGUGGAAGAGUGUGAGAGCUGCACAUUUCUCGUUGCCUGUCAUCAGCUGCGAGUACACGACAGCCACAAGUGUGAAUUUCGAGUGCACGUCCAGACACGCUCCAUCAUCGAGGACUCAAAAGAGCUCCUGUUCGGCAAGUAUGACUUUGCCUACGACGGGGACGAGCAAGAUUGGUGUGCAUCACACCUCGACAGGACAGUCAACAACUGGAACAAGGUCGGCAGCUGAUAAGCCUUCGCCCAACUGGGAGCUGUCACGGGUGUAAUAGGGUGACACGUGCCACAAUAAAUGCACGCAUUGUUGUGAAUGAGCACAU